CUCGGUGUGUGCGCGAGCUCGGACUGUGACCGCGCGCAGAUCGGCGCAUUACACCGGAGCUGCACCUGGACUUCACCAGCACGCUGCUUUCACCUACAGCUGGAGAACUCUGGAUGUACAGUCUUAUUAACCGCUGCUCGACAUCUGAUUUGUUUGGGAGAAGGGCGAUAUGGGGACACGGCGUGCCGAGGUGGCACUCAGACUGGUGAUGGGGAUCCAAACAAGGAGCCCUUUUAUUCCUUUUCAGAAGCUCCUGUAAAAAGCAAUCGGAUAUCAGGACACUGAUGACCCAGACAGCGUCGGUUUGGAGUUAACCUUACAGGAUAGAAGGGAAUUGAAGGUCUCUUGAAGGUCUCGACAAACAGAGCAUUGUCGUUUAUUCUGCGCGCAAGGACGAUUUUCAUCGCAUAAAAGAGACUGAUUGUGUCCGGACUGUGCGCGCGGUGCGCAUAAAGACCCCCAGUCAACAAGAAGCUUCGCUGGUGGCUCAAUAACUGUCGGACAGAAGGAACCACUGAGCUCCAAAUCUUGAGUAAACUUGCUUCUUUCUCACUCAAACAAUCUGCUGGAAGGGGAGGAGCCACACUCAAGCCAGCCAAUCCAGAAUGAGGGGCGGGGCCAUGGCGUUUUUACAAGUGCUGCUAUUGGCCAGUGUGCUGGAGCCUGUGACCCUGGCAUUCAGUCGUGCACCGGUGCCCAUGGCGGUUGUUCGGCGGGAGUUGUCCUGUGAAAGUUACCCGAUCGAGCUGCGCUGUCCCGGGACGGACGUCAUCAUGAUCGAGAGUGCAAAUUACGGCCGAACUGAUGACAAAAUCUGUGAUGCUGACCCCGCUCAGAUGGAGAACACACGCUGUUAUUUACCUGAUGCGUACAAGAUCAUGAGCCAGAGGUGUAAUAACCGGACGCAGUGUGCCGUCGUGGCCGGACCGGAUGCAUUUCCUGACCCCUGUCCUGGGACAUACAAAUACCUGGAAGUGCAGUACGAGUGUGUCCCGUACAAGGUGGAACAGAAAGUUUUCUUGUGCCCAGGGCUCCUGCGUGGCGUUUAUCAGAGCGAGCAUCUGUUCGAGUCGGACCACCAGUCGGGAGCUUGGUGCAAAGACCCCCUCCAGGCCUCGGAUAAGAUCUAUUACAUGCCCUGGACGCCAUAUCGCACAGACACCCUCACCGAAUACUCCAGCAAAGAGGAUUUCAUCGCAGGAAGACCCACCACGACCUAUAAGCUCCCCCAUCGGGUGGACGGCACCGGGUUCGUCGUCUACGACGGGGCACUGUUCUUCAACAAGGAGAGGACCAGGAAUAUCGUCAAAUUCGAUUUGCGCACUCGCAUCAAGAGUGGUGAGGCUAUCAUCGCUAGCGCAAACUACCACGACACUUCGCCGUAUCGCUGGGGAGGCAAGUCUGAUAUCGAUCUGGCAGUGGAUGAGAACGGACUGUGGGUGAUUUACGCCACGGAGCAAAACAACGGACGGAUCGUAAUCAGCCAGCUCAACCCGUAUACGUUACGUGUGGAGGGAACUUGGGAUACGGCCUACGACAAACGCUCCGCUUCCAACGCCUUCAUGAUCUGCGGGAUCCUGUACGUGGUCAAGACUGUCUAUGAAGACGACGAUAGCGAAGCCACCGGGAAUAAAAUCGACUACAUCUACAACACGGAGCUGAGCAAAGACGGCUAUCUGGAUAUCCCCUUCCCCAACUCAUACCAGUACAUCGCUGCCGUGGAUUACAAUCCCAGAGACAAUCUGCUCUAUGUGUGGAAUAACUAUCACGUGGUCAAGUAUACGCUGGAUUUCGGAGUCCUGGACAACAGGCUAGAAACCUCCUCCUCAGGAAAUGUCUUAAUGGACACGACAACGACACAUACCACGACUCGCCCAUUUACAGCCAGCACCACGACCGCCUCCACCUCCACCAGUUCCACCACGAAUAGCAGCACCCGAUCUCCCUCCACAACACCUGUGGCCCCGCGCAGCACCACCACAAACCGGCAGCCGGCGGCUCUCCCCGAGGUCACUGCUCGCUCCGACCCGUCCUCCGUCCUGCCCAACAUCGCUGUGGAGUUCUGCAGCACCGUCACCAACUCCUCUAUCACCUGGCCCAGAACACGGCAGGGCCUCGUGGCCAAGCAGCCCUGCCCACCGGGAACCAUCGGGAUGGCUGUGUUCUCCUGUCAGGGGCCCGAGGGACUGUGGGACCAGCAGGGGCCCGACCUCAGCAACUGCUCCUCCACAUGGGUCAACAUCAUCAACCAGAAGGUUUGA